GGUAUCCCCGCCCACCAGUUUCUAGUUGAACUAGAUGUGUGUCUGCUGACUGUCUUCAGGCUCAGAAGAUUCAGGUAGAAACAGCAAAUCCUACACCUUCAGUGUCCAUUCGCCGGAACCCACACGGGUGUUUGGUCACAGCUCGGUCUUAUAGCUGACUGAUUAGAAGCCGAAUGACACAGAAACAGGAUAUAAACACACUUAAAGUUUCCUUCACAACUUCCUCAGAAAUGUCUCAGGAUCACGGAAUACGUUCCUCGAGUGGCCUUCAAGCUUGAAGAUCUUCUGGAUUUGUUCUUUUUUUUAAUCUGUUUUUAAGGAAAAAGCUUCUUGGUCUCGAGUUCACACCCUUUUGUUUGUGUACUGUUCGUACCUGCGUUUGGCGGAACAGUAUGUUGUCCCAGCUAAGUGACUGGUUCUGGAACGAGCACCUGUGGUUUCCAGUGGGUUUAGGAUGGGCUGAUCUGCAGGAUCGUGAUGGUAAAACUUAUGCCAAAGGCUCUGACCUCUGGGUUACCCUUCCAAUAGCCCUGGUCUUCCUCAUCAUACGGCAGAUAUUCGAGAGGACCGUAGCACUGCGGCUGGCCUCUGCGAUGGGAGUGGAGGAAAAGGUGAGAGUGCGGGCAACGCCCAAUCCAACACUGGAAGCCUACUUCUACGCCACGAGUAAACAUCCAGCACAGAGUGUGGUGGAGAGUUUAAGUAAACAGACAGGCUAUUCUCAGCAGCAGGUGCAGCGCUGGUUCCGGAGACGACGCAACCAGGAGCGACCCAACCAACUCAAAAAGUUCAGGGAAGCAAGCUGGAGAUUUACGUUUUACCUCCUUGCCUUCUUUUCUGGCCUGGCUGCUCUCAUCGAUAAACCCUGGUUCUGGAAAAUGGAAGAUAUGUGGAAAGGCUUCCCAACACUGACUCUUCUUCCAUCUCAGUACUGGUACUACAUGAUCGAGCUGGGUUUUUACCUUUCACUCCUCUUCAGCGUGGCAUCAGACGUGAAGCGAAAAGACUUUAAGGAACAGAUCGUUCAUCAUGUUGCCACCAUUCUUUUGAUCAGUUUCUCCUGGUGUGUGAACUACAUUCGAGCAGGAACUUUGAUCAUGCUGGUGCACGACGCUUCAGAUUAUCUGCUUGAGUCGGCCAAAAUGUUUAACUACGCCGGCUGGAGAAAGACCUGCAACUACAUCUUCAUCGUCUUUGCCAUCGUCUUCUUCAUCACAAGACUCGUUAUUUUCCCAUUCUGGAUCAUAUACUGCACCUAUGUUUAUCCAUUGACCAUGUAUCCUCCCUUCUUUGGUUAUUAUUUUUUAAACGGUCUUCUGAUGGUGCUUCAGUGCUUGCACAUCUUCUGGUUUGCGCUCAUUCUGCGCAUGGCGAUCAAGUUCCUCCCUGGCAACCAUAUUGUGGAAGAUGAGCGGAGUGACAGAGAAGAGACUGACGACUCGGAGGACGAGGACAAGGCACCGGAGUGCAAUAAACGACCCAAGACGCAAAACGGACCACUGCAGAACGGCCAUUCUGCCUCAAACAACAACCACCACCGCAAGACGGAGUGAUGGGUACAGAUAGGAGGAGAGCGGGGAUAGGACACCCUCUAUAACUAACACACACGCGCACACACACACACACACACACACACACACACACACACACACACACACACACACAGAGCACUAAUAGGUUGAGGCAGGAAUAGAGGCUGCUGGUUUGGAAAAUUGGCUUACACAUAUACAGUCACACAAAUACAUUUGACCAAGUAAAUAAGUAACCUUAUCCCAAAAAUAUGUUUCAGACAAAAUAAUAACAGUCAACGUUAGUAAAUGCACUAGAUGCUGCAGAAGAAAUAAAAUCCUAAUGCAGUGAAUCUUCCUCGUCCUGCUUUGUGUACGACUUGCCUGUUGCCUGGUUAAUGUGAAGUUCUCACUCCUUGCCUGCCAUUGAUUUCUCGUCGUGACGUACAGUAAAGACGUCGCUCCUGCGUUUCCGGCCCCAGGACAUUUACUAACGUCACAGAGCUUUGUCUUUGUCUUCGUCUUUACAAGCAGCCUUAAGGAUUUACCUGAAGUCAGACUUGCUCAUAUGUGCUGAAUUAUUUUUCACCAAGCAGCCUUUAGCUAUGUCUCUAAACACAUUCCAUUCAUUCCUGUUCUCUCUCUCUCUCUCUCUCUCUCUCUCUCUCUCUCACACACACACACACACACACAGUCAUCAGCCCUCCUGUGUCCUGUUCACAUCUCAGUUGCACUAUAGUUUAAUUUUGCCCCACACUACCACUGCCCUAGAGAUGAUCUCCUAGAACUUUGAGGACCACAAAAAAAAAAAACAACUGAUCACAAAACACUGAUAUUAAGCUGUGCAGAACACAGAGAAAUCUCUUUUAGCUCAGAUGAACGAGCUUCACCACCCAGAUGAAGCUGAAUAUUUCAUUUUUCUGCCUUUAGUGCCUUAUGUUUGUCCAGCAUCUCGGUCACUCAUGAAAAUCUGCUGAAUCCGGGUUUAGAUGUUUUUGGCUAGAUGUUUCAGUUAAAUCCAAAAAAAAUUGUAUAUGAAAGAAAGGAGAAAAAAAAAAACGGAAACAAUUUUGUCAUAGCAUUUCGAUCUUCUUUAUUUUUGACCUUUUUGUCUUGCUCUUUAUUAACAACGAUUACACAGAUUAAUAUGGUUUUAAUGUAUUUUUGUUUUAUUGUUGUUGUUAUUUUUGUUUGUUUGUUUUAUGUUUAUUUUCAUUUCAUCAUUUUACUUGAGCUCCAAAUUUAUUUGGAUCCAUUCCAAGAAGUUUCACUAUCGUUGAUUCAAAUACCGUAUUCUGCGUUUCACAAAAAUGGGUAAAGAAGGAUUUCUGCUCUGUAUGGAGUCAGCUUUUGGGGAGAAAACAUUUCUAUUUGGAGAAUUUCAGUUCUAUAGUCAUUUGUUUAGAAUCGUUCACAAACAGAGGAAAAAAAUAUAUAUUGUAGUAGUAUUAAGAUGAAGAGUCAGUAUUGAUCACUUGUUUGGCCUCCAGAUGCACUUUAUAAAACCUGAUCUAUAGAAAUCACAUGAGUUAGACUUAAAAUAACUUUAUAUUUGACUCAUUUUGUAACAAUAUGCAUCUGUAAAACUCGUAUGCUUCAAAUAGACACGAGGUUUAUGAGGUUAACAGUGAAACAUGUCCCUCUAUAAUGCCAUACUGUAGUGCUGUGCGUUGUAUCUGAGCUUGACGUGUUUCCCAAACCCACUGAACUCUAUAUUAUAUCCAGUGUUAGAAUUAAAGAUGAGAAAAUACUUACGACUAGGAAUAGAAUUAUACUAAAAGUUUACAUUUUUAGGUCUUGUUUAUUUUUUUUACUGCAGUUAUUGACUGUCACUGGUUGUUUACCCAUUCAGCUGUCAGCGUCUGUGGUCAUAAGUGCUUUAUAUCUUAAACACAUUGCUGUUUUUUGCACUUGCUCUCUUCUUCCUUUGCUCUCCGGUCUGUUCGUGCCAGUAGGCGUAGCUUCAUACUUAGCUCAAUACUUAAACAGCCAUGUUUUGAAUAACUACAUAGUAACCUGAAAAAUAAUAUACCAGGCGGGUGGCACGACUGCGCGGUAGCUUAGUGGUUAAGGUGUUGGGCUACUGACUGGGAAAUCCCACAAAACACCAAGCUGCUAGUGCUUGGGCCCCUGAGCAAGGCCCUUAACCCUGUAAAAUGUAAAUCCGCCAAACACCAUAAAUGUAAUAAUAGUCAUCCUGAAUCUAAAAAAGCAAAUAAAUACAGAAUCUGACAUGAUGAGACUUCAAUUUUUUUUCCUCCUCUCCUUUUCGUUUUUUUUUUAUUGUCACCUCACUUCUUCAUCUUAAGAAAUCAUCCCUAUUCCUUACAACCUUUGCUUAAUGCCAAAACCUAUUCAACCAAAUCAGAUUUCUCCAUCUGUUGACUACAUCCCUGAUGCACACAAAAACAUGAUCAGUGUCAUAACUGCCUAUGUUUUCUGUUGCGUUUUGUAUCAUUGCUCUGCAAUUUAAGAUAAAAGACUGUGGAUACCCAAA